UGUGGCUAAGAGCAUCAUUGGAUUAAAAAAAUGUAUAUAUAUACACACAAAAGCCUCUUCAUCAAAUAGACGAUCAAGCAUUACAAUCGUUAAAAAGAAAAGUUUGUCUCUUAACUUUGAUCGCACGGCAUCGUUUCUAUCAUGGCUAUCGUCAACGGUUUUCUCAAGGCGGUUCUUUUCCUCAUAGCCGCCGCCAUCACGCACCAAUCUGCUGCUUCCGUCGUAAAACACGUCUUUCAUGUCCAAAACAUAUCGGUGAAUCCGUUGUGCAAAGAAAUAGUGAUACCAACGGUUACUCCAUGCUGUUCCCGGAAAGAAAGACUAGUGUGAAGAUCUUUGAAUUUAAUUCGACGGUGGAGAUUGUCCUCCAAAUUAAACACGGCGUUGGUCACAACCGAAAAUCACCCCAUGCACCUUCACGGUUUCAAUUUCCACGUGCUGGCACAAGGGUUUGGUAAUUAUGACCCGAACCAAACCGCUAUAAAACUCAAUUUGGUUGACCCGCAGAUGCGAAAUACCAUAGCCGUACCGACUGGUGGUUGGGCUGUCAUCCUUUUCGUAGCUAAUAACCCUGGUGCUUGGAUGUUCCAUUGUCAUAUGGAUGCUCACUUGGCGUUUGGUAUAAUAACAGUUUUCAUUGUUCGAAAUGGGCCGACCACGGCGACUAGCUUGCCUUCUCCACCGCCAGAUUUGCCUCUAUGCUCUCCAAAGCCACCGGUUAACUACGAACAUCCCACCACAGAUCAAUAUUAUUGAUUCCUCUAUCUAGCUAGAAUUCUAAUUACAUAUAUCACAUGUAUGAUGUGUUAUAAAUGAUGUUGUCAAAACCAUAUGUAUGAGUGAAAUGAAUUCUAUGUACCAAUCGAUUUAUUAUCAUGUAUAUUAACUCAACCUACAUUCACAAUAUUUUGGAUAAGAUAUGAAAACAGGUUUAAUAGAUACAUGUAUAAAAUAAUACCGCAUAGCUUCCAG